ACUUGUGUAUAUAUUGAGCGGUUAGUAGCCAUGUGCAUCAAAUCUUACAUCGACUCCCUUGCAGUCCUAUUGUGAGACGCCCUUAUUUUGAGGAGCCGACAAAAAUAUUAAAAUGCGUGAGUGCAUCUCAGUUCAUGUGGGUCAGGCUGGAGUCCAGAUGGGCAAUGCCUGCUGGGAGCUCUAUUGUCUGGAGCACGGGAUCCAACCGGACGGACAGAUGCCCAGUGACAAGACCAUCGGAGGGGGAGACGACUCAUUCAACACCUUCUUCAGUGAGACUGGGGCUGGAAAGCAUGUCCCCAGGGCUGUGUUUGUGGACCUGGAGCCUACAGUCAUUGAUGAGGUGCGCACUGGGACCUACCGCCAACUAUUCCAUCCUGAGCAGCUCAUCACUGGCAAAGAGGACGCAGCCAACAACUAUGCCCGUGGACACUACACUAUUGGCAAGGAGAUCAUUGACCUGGUGCUAGACAGGAUCCGCAAACUGGCUGACCAGUGCACUGGCCUUCAGGGCUUCCUGGUUUUCCACAGCUUCGGAGGUGGCACUGGUUCUGGCUUCACCUCCUUGCUGAUGGAGCGCCUGUCUGUUGACUACGGCAAAAAGUCUAAGCUGGAGUUCUCCAUCUACCCAGCUCCCCAGGUGUCCACAGCAGUAGUGGAGCCUUACAACUCCAUCCUGACCACCCACACCACCCUAGAGCACUCUGAUUGUGCCUUCAUGGUGGAUAAUGAGGCCAUCUAUGACAUCUGUCGUAGGAACCUCGACAUUGAGCGUCCUACCUACACUAACCUCAACAGGCUUAUUGGGCAGAUCGUUUCCUCCAUCACUGCCUCACUUCGAUUUGAUGGUGCCCUCAAUGUUGAUCUGACAGAGUUCCAGACCAACUUGGUGCCCUAUCCCCGUAUCCAUUUUCCUCUGGCCACAUACGCCCCAGUUAUCUCUGCCGAGAAGGCUUACCAUGAGCAGCUCUCUGUGGCAGAAAUCACCAAUGCCUGCUUUGAGCCAGCCAACCAGAUGGUAAAAUGUGACCCUCGUCACGGCAAGUACAUGGCUUGCUGCCUUCUCUUCCGCGGCGACGUGGUGCCCAAAGAUGUUAAUGCCGCCAUUGCCACCAUCAAGACCAAACGCACCAUCCAAUUUGUUGAUUGGUGUCCAACUGGUUUCAAAGUUGGCAUCAACUACCAGCCCCCCACUGUAGUUCCUGGUGGAGACCUGGCCAAGGUCCAGAGGGCUGUAUGCAUGCUGAGCAACACUACCGCAGUGGCAGAGGCCUGGGCUCGUCUUGACCACAAGUUUGAUCUGAUGUACGCCAAGCGGGCUUUUGUUCACUGGUAUGUGGGUGAGGGCAUGGAGGAGGGAGAGUUCUCUGAGGCCAGAGAGGACAUGGCAGCCCUGGAGAAGGAUUAUGAAGAGGUGGGGGUUGACUCCAUUGAAGGCGAGGGGGAGGAGGAGGGAGAAGAGUAUUGAAGGGGAAAUGGCUGCAAUUUUAUUCGGCAAGUAAAGAUUUUUCUGAAUAGGAUUCCAAAAGCAUUCCUAACAAAAUGCAUGUUUGUCAAGUAACUACUGUAAUGAAAAUUAAUAAAGUUCUUAACAGACAA